GUUUCUGUUUCCCUCUGAAAUCAGAAAACCCUAGUCCCUAACUCUCUCCCUCUCUCUUCGCCGUCUCCUAUUCGAUCCGUCGCACAAACCCUAGAUUCUCUCUACCGAACAAUGGAGUGGAAUCCAGAGACUCUCCAGAACCUCUCGCAGUGCUUUCUCCACACACUCUCCCCUCUCCCCGAGCCUCGUCGCGCCGCCGAGAGAUCUCUCUCGGAAGCCGCCGAUCUCCCUAACUACGGCUUAGCCGUGCUCCGUCUCGUCGCGGAGCCUUCCGUCGACGAACAGACUCGCCACGCCGCCGCCGUCAACUUCAAGAACCACCUCCGUUCGCGGUGGCUACCUUCCGCCGACUCCGGUGUCUCUCCGAUCGUGGAUUCGGAGAAGGAGCAGAUCAAGACGCUGAUCGUCUCGCUCAUGCUCUCGUCUUCCCCUCGGAUCCAGAGUCAGCUCAGCGAAGCCCUAGCGGUUAUUGGUAAGCAUGAUUUCCCGAGGUGUUGGCCUGCUUUGCUUCCGGAGCUUGUCUCCAGCCUCGGGAAAGCUGCUCUCGCCGGAGACUACGCGUCCGUUAACGGUAUUCUCGGGACUGCGAACUCGAUUUUCAAGAACUUUAGGCAUCAGUAUAGAACCGAUGAGCUGUUUCUUGAUAUUAAGUAUUGCCUUGGGAUUUUCGCUGAGCCGUUAAAAGAGAUAUUUAUUAAAACGGAUAAGUUGAUUGAUUCCGCUGUUAGCUCUGGUGGAUCGGCUGCGAACCUUAAGCCUUUGUUUGAGUCUCAGAAGCUUUGCUGCAGGAUAUUUUUCUCGUUGAACUUUCAGGACUUGCCUGAGUUCUUUGAGGAUAAUAUGAAGGAGUGGAUGAGAGUGUUUAGGAAGUGUUUGUCAUCGAACUAUCCCGCCUUGGAAAGCACAGAAGAUGGUUUGGCGCUUGUGGAUGAUCUUCGUUCUGCUGUUUGUGAGAAUAUUAACCUGUAUAUGGAGAAGUAUGAAGAAGAGUUCCAAGAGUUUUUGAAGGAUUUUGCAUCAGCUGUGUGGACAUUACUCAGGGAUGUGUCGAAGUCUCCGAGUAGGGAUCAGUUAGCUACUACAGCAAUCAAGUUUUUGACCACUGUGAGCACUAGUGCGCACCAUGCUUUGUUUGCAGGCGAGAAUGUGAUCAAGGAAAUUUGUCAGAGCAUUGUGAUUCCUAAUGUUUCUUUGAGGGAUGAAGAUGAAGAGCUUUUUGAGAUGAACUAUAUUGAGUUUAUCCGGAGAGACAUGGAGGGAAGUGAUGUGGACACGAGAAGGAGAAUCGCUUGUGAGCUGCUCAAAGGACUUGCGACUAACUACAAAGGGCAAGUGACAGAAGUGGUUUCUCAGGAGAUACAGAAGCUUUUGAGUUCCUUUUCAACAAAUCCGGCUGUACAGUGGAAAGACAAGGAUUGUGCAAUUUACUUGGUCGUCUCGCUGGCUACGAAGAAGGCAGGGGGUGCGUCUGUAUCCACAGAUCUUAUUGAUGUUCAAAGCUUUUUUGCCAGCAUUAUUCUCCCCGAGUUGCAAAGCCAAGACGUCAACAGUUUUCCAAUGCUGAAGGCAGGGUCCUUGAAGUUCUUAACAAUGUUUCGCAGUCAUCUUCCAAAGCCCUUUGCAAUGCAGUUGUUCCCGGAGCUGGUCCGAUUCCUUAAAGCAGAGUCUAACGUGGUGCACUCAUAUGCUGCUAGCUGCAUAGAGAAGCUCUUGCUAGUGAAGGACGAAGGUGGAAGGAGCAGGUAUGUCGCUGGUGAUAUAAGUCCAUUUUUACUGCAGCUGAUGACGAAUCUGUUUGAUGCACUGAGGUUUCCUGAAUCUGAGGAGAAUCAAUAUAUUAUGAAGUGUAUAAUGAGGGUACUCGGUGUUGCUGAAAUCAGUGGUGAGGUUGCUGGACCUUGCAUCGGUGGCUUGACCUCUGUUCUUAGUGAAGUUUGCAAAAAUCCCAAGAAUCCUACAUUUAAUCACUACAUCUUUGAGUCAGUGGCUGUACUCGUUCGAAGGGCAUGUGAACGUGAUAUUUCUCUUAUAUCUGCAUUUGAAACGAGUCUCUUCCCAAGCUUGCAGAUGAUUUUGGCCAAUGAUAUCGCAGAGUUCUUGCCUUAUGCGUUUCAGCUGCUAGCUCAGCUUGUUGAGCUGAACAGACCACCUCUCUCACCGAACUACAUGCAGAUCUUCUUGCUGCUCCUGUCGCCUGAGUCUUGGAAGAGAAGCGGCAAUGUUCCAGCUCUAGUGCGUUUGCUCCAGGCUUUCCUGCAGAAAGCACCUCAUGAGGUUACUCAAGAGAAUCGGUUAAGUCAAGUGCUGGGAAUAUUUGAUAAACUGGUUGCUGCUCCUGGCACAGAUGAGCAAGGAUUCUAUGUGCUCAAUACUGUUAUUGAGUAUCUCGACUACGGUGCCAUUGCGCCAUACAUGACGGGUGUAUGGAGUGCUCUGUUCAGACGUCUUCAGAACAAGAAGACUAUUAAGUUCCAGAAAUCGCUAGUGGUAUUCAUGUCCCUCUUCUUGGUGAAGCACGGACAUGCGCAUCUAGUGGACACUAUGAAUACUGUUCAGCCCAACAUUUUCACUACUAUCGUGCAGCAAUUCUGGAUUCCAAACCUUAAGCUGAUCUUAGGAACUAUCGAGGUAAAGUUAACUGCAGUUGCGGCAACAAGACUCAUAUGUGAGACUCCAGCCCUUCUUGAUCCAGCAGCUUCUAAGAUCUGGGGAGCUAUGCUGGAUAGUAUCGUGACACUUAUUUCAAGGCCUGAGCAGGAAAGAGCCAUUGAAGAACCUGAGAUGCCAGAAGUCUUGGAGAAUGUUGGAUACACGGCUGCCUUUGUCAGUCUUCACAAUGCUGGGAGAAGAGAAGCGGAUCCUCUUCCAGAGAUUAGAGAUCCGAAGCAGUUCGUGGUUGCUUCUCUGGCCAGGCUUUCUGCUGCUGCUCCUGGUAGAUACCCUCAGAUAAUUGGUGAGAAUCUCGAAAAAGCUAACCAGGCAGCUUUGCUCCAGCUCUGCAGCGCUUACAACAGUAUAAUCGUUUGAAACAGGAGGUGAGGAGACAGGAGGACAGGAGGAACAUUGCAUUGUGUCUGCGAAGAAAAGUGGUGGUAAAAGCAUUAUCAUUGGGUUUUUUUUUGGGUCUUAAAUCGGGAGUUUCAUGUCAUUUGGAAUUGGAGAAGAUCAUUAUCAUCAUGCAUAACGUGAGUUUCUUUUGGUUUUGGAAAUUUUCAGGGGGGGGGGGGGGGGGG